AUGGAAGAUGGUAUAGGAGUUAUAUGUGGGAAAGAAGGGGACUAUGGUGAUAAGUUAGUUAAUAAAUACGAUGUAUUAAGUUAUAUAGACAGUAUAUCUCCGGAAGAAAUGCAAUAUGCAAAUAAAUUGGUUAAAGAUGAAUUAUCAUCUGUUUUGAGUGGGCUUAAAAAUGAAGGUGAGAAAAAAGAAAAGAAUUAUUUAGAAAAGAAGAAAGCUGAGAUAGAGUUUAACAAGAGAGAAGAACAACCUGAAAUAGAAGACAAGACAAUGGGAAAGAUAAAACGAAUAAGUUCGGAGAUUCAGUACAAUUAUAUCACAAGAGUAAAUUUACAAUUACUUAAGGAAUUUGGGGAUGAAGCAUGGGAUGAUCAAGUUAAGAAGCUUAAAAGCCUCAAACAAAAGUUUCAAGAAGAGCAAAAUAACUUGAAAAAAUGUAUGAAGCAGAUUUCUCUAAACAGAAAGAAGAAACAAUUAGAAUUCCGAGAAAACCAGCUGGGUCCCUUAUUAGAUGACCUGAAAAGAAUUCAGAACGAAAAUAACAGCCUGGUUAAGACUUUACUUAAGAUUAGAAAAGAGAAUAGAAAAUAA